CCCCCUUUAUUUCGUCGUCUUUCCUCAAUUCCUAUAGCAUUGUUCGUGGGAGUAUUCCGUCGGAGAUGGGGAGGAUCCUCCGAAGCUGUCUGCAGUCGAUGCUGAAGAUGGUCAACUCGGUGGCGGGACUUGUUGGGGUGGCGUGCAUCCUCUAUGGCCUCUGGAUGGUGAGGGUAUGGCACCGCGAAACCCAUGCCGAUCCCACGCUGCCCUGGUUCAUUUACACCUCUCUUGGCCUAGGAGUUUCAUUAUGCUUGAUAACAUGCUUUGGUCAUAUUGCUGCAGAAACAUCUAAUGCCCACUGCAUUUCUUUCUACAUGAUUUUAAUUUUCUUGCUUAUUAUGUUGGAAGCUGCAAUAACUGCAGAUGUAAUUCAGAAUAAAGAUUGGGAGGAGGAUUUUCCCGAAGACACAACUGGGAGAUUUAAUGAGUUUAAGAAUUUCAUUAGAUCAAACUUUGAGUUGUGCAAAUGGGUUGGUUUGGUUGUUGUAGCUGCACAGGCGAUCUCCAUCUUCUUGGGCAUGAUUCUCAAAGCUGUUGGUUCAAACAGCGGAAGCAACUACGACAGCGAUGAUGAUUCUGUGAAUGCAAGGCUUCCCCUCUUAAGGAACCAGGUUCAGCAAGGAGCAACAUAUGCCACUGAUCUUCAUGUUCCAUACAAAAGUGAGCCUUGGAAUUGAUUUCAGGGUGUGUCCACCGAGAGUGAAUGGCCUGUAAAUAACGCAACCAAGAACAUAUCAGUAUUUCAUGGAGGCAACUCUUUAUUUGUUUGAGACAUGAUCCUAUUGAUCGAUCAGUGUUAUUUUGUGUGGUAGUGUGUAUGUAUAAAUCUGAUUUACAAUGUAUUCUUAUUGCAUAUAUUGAGUUUCAUAUUGCUUUAAAA